AGAUCAAAACAAAACACGUUUAUUCAUCAAGGACCAAUGUAAAACUAAUUUUUUUAAGGGACUAAAAUACUGAUUAAACUCUAAAUAUUUAUUCGUCAUAUUCUAUCUUUAUCUAGCUCAUAUCAUAUCGUGUCUCAAUCCUAACAUGAGGCUAUCAAAGAAACUUUUAAGUUUUUAAAGAUCCAAAUAUUUUUUGCAAUAUAUGAAAGGUUAUCACCCUACUCAUUGACCUUAGAAUUGAUAUAAAAGUCUUCACCGCUACCACCACCACUACUUUUCUGGUUUCUUAAAACUAUUAUCAAAUUCUAUAUCUCAUUAGAUCCAAAUAUCCAAUCCAAGAAACAACAUUGCUAUGGCAUUUGUUGGAGAAGCAUUCCUCUCAGCUUCUUUGGAAGUAUUAUUAGAGAGAAUCAUUUCUCAUGAGUUCCAAUACUUUUCUAGAAACAAAGAACUUCUUGAUGUUUCACUCCUCAAAAAGCUGAAAAUAACACUGUUGAGUCUUCAAGCUGUGAUGAAUGAUGCUGAGGAGAAACAAAUCACUAACCCUGCUGUUAAACAAUGGCUGGAUGAACUCAGAGAUGCUCUCUAUGAUGCUGAUGAUUUGUUGGAUGAAAUCAACUUUGAGUCAUUGAGAUGCAAAUUGGAAGCUGAGUCACAAAUUCAACAACCCUUUAGUGAUCAGGUUUUGAAUUUCCUUUCUUCUCCUUUCAAAAGUAUUUUUAAUGUUAUUAAUUCUGAAAUACAAGAUAUUUUUCAAAGAUUGGAACAAUUUGCAUUGCAAAAAGAUAUCCUUGGAUUGAAACAAGGUGUUUGUGGAAAAAUUUGGCAUGGAAUACCUACUAGUUCUGUUGUAGAUGAAUCUGCUAUUUAUGGAAGAGACGAUGAUAAAAUGAUACUGAAAGAUUAUUUGAUGUCAGAAAAUGAUGGUAGUAAAAUAGGAGUGAUAUCCAUUGUUGGUAUGGGAGGGAUUGGAAAAACAACACUUGCUAAACUCCUUUACAAUGAUCAUGAUGUAGUAGAGAAAUUUGACUUAAAAGCUUGGGCAUAUAUAUCAAAGGAUUUUGAUGUUUGUAGGGUGACAAAAAUUCUUCUUGAAUGUGUCGGUUCAAAGCCGGUUGUCACGGAUAACUUGAAUACUCUGCAAGUGGAAUUACAGCAAAGCUUGAGAAACAAAAGAUAUUUGCUUGUUUUGGAUGAUGUCUGGAAUGGAAGUUAUGACGAUUGGAACAAACUGAAGGGAGUUUUCAAUGUCGGUGAAAUGGGAAGUAAGAUCGUCAUCACAACACGGGAUGAAAGUGUUGCAUUAUCUAUGCAAACCUAUCUUCCUGUCCACUAUUUGAGAUCUCUUCAUAGUGAAGAUUGUUGGUCUUUACUUGCACAUCACGCAUUUGGACCGAAUAACUGCAGGGAACAAUCGAAACUUCAAGUAAUUGGCAAAGAAAUUGUGAAAAGAUGUGGUGGCUUGCCGUUAGCUGCUGAAGCUGUUGGGGGUCUUCUACGCACCAAAUUAUCGGAAAAAGAGUGGAAUAAGGUAUUAAAAAGUAACAUAUGGGAUUUGCCAAAUGUCAAGGUACUACCGGCUUUGCUAUUGAGCUAUCACUAUCUUCCUGCUCCAUUGAAACGGUGUUUUGCUUAUUGUUCAAUUUUUCCAAAGAACUUCGGUUUAGAUAAGAAAAUGGUGGUUCUGCUAUGGAUUGCAGAAGACUUGGUACAUCAGUCCAAAGGUGAAAAAACUAUGGAAGAAGUAGGUGAAGAAUACUUUGAUGAACUUGUAUCACGGUCUCUAAUACGUAGACAGAUUGUCAAUGAAAACGAAAACUUUGUGAUGCAUGACCUUAUCAACGAAUUAGCGACAAUUGUUUCAUCUGGAUAUUGUAUCAGGCUUGAGGAUCCAAAGUCAUGUGAAAGUCGUGAAAGAGCUCGUCAUUUGUCGUACAUUCGAGGGAAGUAUGAUUGCUUCAAUAAAUUCAAUACGAUUCAUGAAUCAAAGCGUCUUCGUACCUUACUAGCCUUACCAUUAAGACAUUGGUGGUCAUCAAAAUAUCCUAAUCUGAGAAGCCAUUAUCUAUCAAGCAAGUUACCAUUUGACUUGUUACCUGAAAGGAAACGGUUGAGGGUGUUAUCUUUGUCACACUAUACCAAUAUCACCGAGUUGCCUAACUCUCUUGGAAAUUUAAUACAUCUGCGUUAUUUAGAUCUCUCCAACACUAAAAUUGAAAGACUGCCAGAUGUAAUAUGCAAGCUUUACAAUCUACAAACCUUAUUAUUGUCGAGAUGUUACUCGCUUACUGAAUUGCCUGAGGACAUUGGAAAUUUGGUCAAUCUACACCACCUUGAUUUAAGUGGCACUAAGUUGAAGAAGAUGCCUAUACAAAUAACCAAACUACAAAAUCUUCAAACAUUGUCUUCAUUUGUUGUCAGCAAAAAACCAGACGGGUUGAAGAUUGGAGAGCUGAGAAAAUUUCCACAUCUUCAAGGGAAACUGUCAAUCUCAAAGCUACAAAAUGUUACUGACCUCUUUGAUGCCAUUCAAGCCAACUUGGAGAAAAAAGGAGAAAUUCAUGAGUUGACAUUAGAAUGGGAUCAUGAUACCACAGAAGACUCGCAAAUGGAAAGGCUUGUACUUGAACAGUUGCAGCCCUCAACAAAUUUGAAGAAACUCACAAUCCAAUUCUUUGGUGGAACCAGCUUUCCUAAUUGGUUAGGAGAUUCCUCAUUUCGCAACAUGAUGUAUUUGCGCAUCAGUGGUUGUGAUCAUUGUUGGUCACUCCCUCCCCUUGGAGAAUUACUUAGUCUCAAAGAACUCAUCAUUUCUGGACUAAAAUCAGUGAAGACGGUUGGUACUGAGUUUUACGGAAGCAAUAGUUCCCUUUCCUUUCAAUCAUUUCCUUCCUUGGAGAUUUUGUGCUUUGAGGAGAUGCCAGAAUGGGAGGAAUGGGACUUCGUGAUUCGAGAAACUACAACUAUAGAGUUUCCUAGUCUAAGGCGUUUGUUUCUAUGUGAUUGUCCGAAACUCAAAGGAAACAUACCAGACAACCUUCCUUCCUUAGUUGAGCUUGAGUUGUCAAAAUGUCCUCUACUCAGGACUCAAGAGGUAGAUACCAGCAUCAGCAGCAGCAUUACGAUGAUUGGAGUUAAUUCUCUCAAACAGUUGACUAUCUCAGGCAUUGUUUCUCCGAGUUCCUUCCCAUUACAAUUUCUUCCUACAACAUUACAAUCUCUCACUAUCCUUUCUUGCGAGAAUCUAGAACUCUUACCUAAUGAGUCCUUACCAAGUUACACAUCACUUGAGAAAUUGCAAAUAUUCAACAGUUGUGAUUCAAUGACAUCCUUUCAGCUAGACUGUUUCCCAGUGCUCAAAAGUCUUUUCAUCUUAGGUUGUAAAAAUCUAAAAUCUAUUUCCGUUGCCGAAGAUGAUGCAUCACGCAGUCAUUCCUUUCUUCAAAGUUUAUCCAUAUAUGCUUGUCCUAAUCUUGAGUCAUUUCCACUACAUGGACUAAACACUCCUAACCUCAAUAAUUUCAUGGUGUCAAGUUGUCCUAAGCUUAAGUCACUACCUGAACCAAUUCACAGUCUAUCUAGCCUUUAUAAUUUGAGUGUGUAUGGACUUCCAAAACUGCAGGCUUUUGCACAAGAAAGUUUACCAAUUAAUUUAAGUAUACUUGAAGUGUCAAAUUGUGGGAGUUUGUCUACUUCAUCUAUCACUAAGUGGGGUUUACAAUCCCUUACUUGUCUUGUGGAAUUGCGAAUUCGAGGUGAUCGUCUAAUGAAUUCCUUGAUGAAAGCCGAAGGGUCAUUGCUUCCGAUUUCUCUAGUAUCGAUACACAUCUCUCAUCUUUUUUAUCUAAAAGACUUAAAAGGGAAGUGGCUUCAGCAUCUCACAUCUCUUGAAAACCUUGAGAUUUCAGAUUGUCGCCGGCUUGAAUCGUUACCGGAUGCACUGCCUUCCUCUCUUUCAGUGCUGACUAUCAAACGAUGCCUUUUACUACAAGCAAGCUGUCAGAGCAAUGGAGGGAAAGAGUGGCCUAAGAUUGCACAUAUUCCUUGCAUAAUUAAUGAUAACAAAGUGAUUAUAUGAAUGAUGCUUCAUGUUUGCUUUUCUCCAUUAAAUUACUGGUCUUUUCAGUAUCUGAAUGUUAGUAGCUUAGCCCUAUUAUGAACUUGUGUUAGAACUCUUCAAAUCACCAUUCUUGUUUUCUAGAUUCUAAUAUAUUUGUUGUAACUUAUUAAUGACACACACUUGUUUUCCAGGAUGUCCUAUAUCCUCUCACAUCAUUACACAAAGAUUGAACAAGAAAAGAGGGUCUUCACUAUAUAUAAGAAGAAAAAAGUGUUCUAG